CAAUGGCUUUCACUUCUUCUCUCACUUCCCAUUUUCUCUCUCUCCCAAACAAAAACCCAUCCCUAACCCCUUUUCAAUCUCAACCCUUCUUUUUCCCUACACUCCACCCAAAACCACUCUUAUCAUCACCUACUUCAAUCUCAACCGUUGCUUCAGCGUCAUCAUCGAAAAACCCUUCCAGUAACAAUAACCCUAAACAAUCUAGACAAGAUGAAGUUGUUGAGGUUGAAGUAGAAGAGGAACUUCCGUGGAUUCAAGAAAAAGCUCUCGACCUCGUUGAGUUCACCGGUUCUGUUACCCAAGCGAUUCCCGGUCCGAGAGUGGGUCCCACUUCGUUGCCGUGGAUUCUCGCCGUUCCUCUUGGUUAUGCUGGUCUCACUUUCGUUAUCGCGUUUGUUAAAACCGUUAGGAAAUUCAGUUCUCCCAAAGCACAACGCAGGAAAUUGGUUGGUUUUUUUGUUUCUUUGGAUUUUUUUUUUGUUCAUUGCGCUUAUAGGAAAUUAUAA